AUGGUCCCUUGCAAGUCGGCUAUGAGCUUGAAACAAAAUUUGAUAAACUCCAUUCGCAAUUAUCCUGGUCUGUACAAUCCAGCAGACAAAAAUUACCGGGAUUGUAAUUACUCUUCUAUUGCUUGGACAGAAAUCGUUAAAGAAUGUCAAUUGCCAUCAGUGGCAAGAGCCAAAUCAAUGUGGGCAAAUCUUCGUAAAACUUAUAAGUACAGCUUAUCUAAUCCUAAUUACAAGAAGCCAGAGUACUACAGCUCAUUGAAAUACUUGUUUCAAUUCAUAAGAAAUAGCAAUUACGAGGACAGUGACGAUGAAGUGCAAUUUAUACUAAAAAAAGAACGCUCUGAUGACGACGAAGGAACUGUGACAGAUACCUUGCAAAGAACGUCUUCGAGUACAAGUGUGAGGAACCGGCGAAGACAUUACCUUGACAAUCGUCCUUCGACAUCUGGUCGGCACUCUGUAAUGCGCGAUCACGAGAAUCCUAGCUCUUCGCAUCAUAAUAAUCCUCAGCGAAUUAAUCAGAUGGACGAUAUGAAAUUAUUUAUGGACUCUAUGUAUCUUAUGGCGAAAAAAUUACCUUCAGCAUUGCAGAGACACGUGAGGAAUCAAAUUUUUGAAAUUAUUAAAACUGCUGAAUCGAGUGCUGUAAUUGAAGAAGUUGAGUGA